UAAAUUUGGCGCCACCUUAUGUCAAACAAUUAUAGCGCCACUUACGGUCAUUUUCUAAAGCUUCCUUUUCAUUGACAUUGAUCUACCGAGUGGUAUUCUUUGCAACUCAAAAUGGAAAACGACGCAGGUGAAUUCGUUGACUUGUAUUGCCCAAGGAAAUGUUCAGCAAGUAACCGAAUUAUUCAUGCCAAGGAUCAUGCUUCGAUCCAAUUGAGCAUUGCUGAGGUUGAUCCUCAGACAGGAAGGAUGACUGACACCACUAAAAGUUACGCUUUGUGUGGGGCUAUCCGAAGAAUGGGGGAAUCUGACGACUGUAUCGUUAGAUUAACGAAGAAAGAUGGGAUUCUUGCAAAGAACUUCUAACGGGAUUUGUUCAAACACGAAUGAAGCCCCUACUUUCUUGUACUUUUUUGGUUAAAUAAAUUGUCAUUUAUAGUA